AUGUCACUGAGAACAAAAAUCAAACACCUCGCCGGCAUUUUCCACACCGCCACCCGCAACCUCUCCUACCAUCUCAGCCGCCGCCACAACCACCCGCCGCCUAAACAGGACCCAUACUCCCUGCUCAAGGAAGACCCGAUCCAAGUCCUCUCGGACCUCUGGGUGAAGUCAUUCUCCCAGACCCAGAAACCCUUCCAAAACCUCACCGGCUUCCUCUCGAAGCUCGACCUCUGGGUGCUCGCCUACCAGCGGACCUGCGCUCACGCCACCGGCUCUUUUCCUCCCAGAAACGCCAUCCCCUCUCACGCCCUCGCCGACCUCCUCUCCCUCCGAAACGCAGUCGUUAGCGGCGAGUUCAGAUGGGAUUCCAAAGCCCAGCAAUUCAUUCGCAGCCCGAACGACAAGACUCCUCUUCAUCUACUCUCGAGAAGCAAGCUCCAGUCGAUGAUGGAGUCCGGUGCGCCACUUUUCCAGGACCGGGUAGUUCAAGAGGUCCUGUUGAUGGUUAUCGAGCCGGUUUUCGAGGCCCGGUUUUCGGCAAAAUCCCACGCGUUUCGGCCUGGUAGGAACCCUCACACUGUGAUUAGAACAAUCAGGAGUAAUUUUGCUGGAUACUUGUGGUUUAUUAGAGGUGAUUUGAGUGAUAUUGUUGAUAAUUUAGAUUCGAAUAUGAUUCUGGAUUGUGUUGAAAAAUCAGUGAAGGACAAGAAAGUGUUGAAAUUAAUUAAAUCGGGGCUGAGAAGGACUGGAAAGAAUUUGAAUCAUGUGGAAGAUAAUGGAGAGAAAAUGAGCAAGAACAAGAUAAAGAAGGGGCAGACUAAGAAGAGAAUAUUGCUAGAUAAUGAGCCCAAGCCCGACCCGUAUUGGCUCAGGACAUUCUUCGAUUUUGCUCCCGAGGAGGCUGCAAAGGUGCCCGAUUAUGGUUACUGUGGAAUUCUCAGUCCAUUGCUGACGAACAUCUGCCUGAACGAAUUCGAUUUCAUGAUGGAAAACAAGAUAGUGGAGUUUUUCCGGCCAUCUGAGUCCGACUCGAUAUGGAAGUACUCGAUAAACGAUGGCUGCCACAAUCCAUCUUGGCCGGAGUUUGUGCCGACGAGCGGCAGCAAGGAGAAAACUCGGAAAAUGGACUACAUUCGGUUCGCGGGCCAUUUUCUGAUUGGCAUCAGAGGCCCCAGAGAGGACGCUGUCGGUAUAAGAAAAGAAAUAAUCGAGUUUUGCGACAAAAGAUUCGUGUACCGACUGGACAAUUCCAAGAAAGGUGUGGGGACCUUGCUUUCGGUCACCGCUAGCUUGCAGCAGUGUAUUCGCCGCUUCAGGCGACUUUCUUUCGUGAAGGGCGAUAAGGACCCGGAGCCUCUGCCUUGUACGCCAAUGCUCUAUUCGGGCCAGGCCCACACCAAUGCCCAGAUGAACAAAUUGCUCGAAACCAUGGCCGAUUGGUACAGGUACGCGGAUAACCGGAAGAAAAUUGUUGGGUUUUGUGCGUAUGUUGUGCGUAGCUCGUUGGCUAAACUAUACGCUGCUAGAUAUAGGCUGAAAUCCCGUGCGAAAGUGUAUAAGAUUGCCGCACGUGAUCUCAGCCAUCCAUUGAGGGAAAGCAGUAACAAUUCGGCCCCUGAGUAUUCGGAUCUUUUGCGAAUGGGGCUUGUGGAUGCUAUUGAGGGUGUUCGGUUUUCGCGUAUGUCUUUUAUCCCGUCGUGCGAUUACACUCCUUUUUCGAGGAAUUGGGUCCCGGAUCAUGAGAAGCUUUUGCAGGAGUAUAUUAAGUUACAGGAUGCUAGAUUCUUUUGUGAGCUCAGUAAGUCGGUUAAACGGGAAGGUCUGUGUUUGCCUCAGGAGAAUAUAUCGAAGAUUGUAUGGGACUUCAAGAAUACUGGUUAUCAACUUAUCGUGUCUGCACAAAAUUUAACCACGAGGACUCCCUAUGAGCUUGGAGUUGAAUUCAUCUGCAGCAAGAGUGAAUUUUUUUGGUUUAUGAUUGAAUGA